AUGACAAAGCAGCAGCCGGUGCAGAGCCUCCUGAUGGCACCACCCGUUCCGUCCCGCCACCUUGGAGAGCGUCACGAACAUCACCUUGACUUCCAGGGGAAGAAGAAUGCGCAGCGGAGCUCUCCUUCCAGAGGCGCAGCGCGGAGCUCAGCAGGCCCGGUUCAAAUGGCUCCACAGCAGCCGCCGCGCCUGGAGGACAACCCGGCGCUCUGCGACGCCCAGAUGGAGCAACACAGUCACACCCAGGACGCACGGAGCGCGGAACAGGAGAGGAGCAGCGGAGGGAGGAUAAAGAGCUACAAGCGGUAUCCAAAACCACCGUACUCCUAUCUGGCCAUGAUCGCCAUGGUCAUCCAGCGGUCUCCAGAGAAGAAGCUGACAUUGUCCGAGAUCCUGAAGGAAAUCAGCACCCUCUUUCCGUUUUUCACAGGAAACUACAAAGGUUGGAGGGAUUCUGUGCGUCACAACCUUUCCUCUUAUGACUGCUUUGUUAAGGUGCUCAAGGACCCGGGCAAACCUAAAGGAAAAGGGAACUUUUGGACGGUGGAUCUGAGCCGUGUCCCGCUGGAGCUCCUGAAGAAGCAGAACACGGCCGUGUCGCGCCAGGACAAGACCGUCUUCGUUCAGGAUCUGGCCCCCUACAUCCUGCAGGGGUACAAGACAGACUCUGAGCCCCUCGCUGAUUCUGUCACCUCCCGCUCACCCGUGCGCUCGGGGGACCCCUCGCCGCCACAGGGGGACCCGUCGCCACCCAAGCUGGAGUUGUCCUUCACCAUCGACUCCCUUCUGCACAGCCUGCGGCCUUCUCCUGCGUCUGGAGAUGGAGAGGUGGCUGCCGGGGACUGCUGGGGGGAGACGGAGCGCCCUUGUUACGCCUCCUCGGCCCGCGGUGCCUUGGUCAGCUCUGUGAGCCCCCCCACAUCCACCUCCUCCUCCUCUGACGAGGAAUGGAGAGGAGCGCAGCCCCCUGCGAAACAUCUCCUUCCCUACUUUGAGUCUAGAUCGGAUGUUUAUGGGGAUUACAGGCCACCGCUGCAAAAAUCUUCCAGGCAGGAGACUUUUGCCCCCCCCUGGGAGCUGCCUACUUCCUAUUCAAAGUAUGCUCCCCCCAACGCUGUUGCCCCACCCAGCAUGCGGUUCACCGGAAGUCCCUUGAUACCCCUGCAUGGUGGACUACCUCUUUACAGCUACAGCGGCUCUCCUUUGGCACCCGGUCACUUCCUGGGUCCCACCUACUGGCCCCUCCUCCCCAGCAGACCGGCCUCAGUUCCACCCCCUCCUUUACUCAUGGACCUGGACCGCAUGUUACAGUCUGUGCCUCCCAAUAAAAGCGUUUUUGAUGCGCUGCUGCCACCGAGUCAGAACUCGUACUCCCUUCCCCAAGCACCGAGUCCGUACGGCCUGCAGAGCGGGGCUCCACUGACCCGGUACCAUCAGUUCUGA